AACAGCGUCCUGAGCUGGUGACAGACCUACUCUGUGGCUCUCAGUCGGAUUCAGCUCUCACCUUCCAGAAAACAUGACCCUCGCUGCCUACAAGGAAAAGAUGAAGGAGCUCCCGCUGGUGUCUCUGUUCUGCUCCUGUUUCCUGGCCGACCCCCUGAAUAAGUCAUCCUAUAAAUAUGAAGGCUGGUGUGGGAGACAGUGUAGGAGAAAAGAUCAAAGCCAGCGGAAAGACAGUGCUGACUGGAGAGAAAGAAGAGAGCAGGCUGACACGGUGGACCUGAACUGGUGUGUGAUCUCCGACAUGGAAGUCAUCGAGCUGAACAAAUGCACCUCCGGCCAGUCCUUUGAAGUCAUCCUGAAGCCGCCCUCCUUUGAUGGGGUGCCCGAGUUCAAUGCCUCCCUCCCCAGGCGGCGAGACCCAUCGCUGGAAGAGAUACAGAAGAAACUAGAAGCAGCUGAAGAGCGAAGGAAGUACCAGGAAGCUGAGCUCCUGAAGCACCUCGCCGAGAAACGGGAACACGAGCGGGAGGUGAUCCAAAAGGCCAUCGAGGAGAACAAUAACUUCAUCAAGAUGGCUAAAGAAAAACUGGCCCAGAAGAUGGAAUCCAAUAAGGAGAACCGGGAGGCCCACCUUGCUGCCAUGUUGGAACGGCUGCAAGAGAAGGAUAAGCACGCGGAAGAGGUGCGGAAAAACAAGGAGCUGAAGGAAGAGGCCUCCAGGUAAAGCCCAGAGGCCAAAGAAGUUUCCAGAACAGCCGGACAGCUCCAGCAGCUCCGCGUUCCCGAGGCAGCCUCGCCCGCCGCUGGCUGCUCUCGCAGCACUGGGGUUUGGGGGGAGGGGGGCGACCAGGGGUGUUCCCUCUGCUUUUGGUGUUUGUACAUGUAAAGAAUUGAUCAGUGAAGCCAUCCUAUUUGUUUCUGGGGAACAAUGACGGGGUGGGAGAGGGGAGAGGAGAGAGGUGGGAAAGGGAGAUGGAGACGGAUUCAUGGACAUUGCAACCCUGCCCACUGCAGACUCAGGUCAAGUCCAGGCACCAUGUUGAGAAGUUGAAAACAGAGCAGAAGUCUGAGGGAAGGGCAGAGUCCUGAGUGGGGCAGCGGCUGCAGGGUGUGGCCACCUGCAAGGGGGUGGGGGGCCCCGGAGGUGUUGCUUCAGCCCUGCAACAGGUGGGAUGAGGUCUGAGUGUGUGUGUGUUAACCAUCAUCUUUUGAUCAUCAUGACCAAUGAAACAUUCAUUCCCAGUCUCCCGUUCUUUAUUUCCUGAAUCGGUCCUUUGGGUGAUGGGUAGAAUGUUC